CUCUCAAGUUACAUGCACACUCAACUCCCUUCUCACCUUCCUCUUUUUCUCUCUGCAGUUCCAAUUCGUACAAUUCCUUCAAUUUCUUAUGUAUAUCUGUUACCUCUCCCUCCAUAGUUUAUAGAUCUCACAAUUCAAACGCAGCCAAUGGCGUCGGUUUCUUCGGGUCCCCGAACUGUUGAGGAGAUCUUCAAAGAUUACAGCGCUCGCCGUGCUGGAAUUAUUCGUGCUUUAACAUUUGAUGUGGAUGAAUUUUAUGGACUUUGUGAUCCAGAGAAGGAGAAUUUGUGUCUAUAUGGACACUCAAAUGAAACUUGGGAAGUGAAUCUUCCAGCUGAGGAAGUUCCUCCCGAGCUUCCAGAACCAGCACUUGGGAUCAAUUUUGCUAGGGAUGGAAUGAACCGAAGAGAUUGGCUUUCUCUAAUUGCUGUUCACAGCGAUUGUUGGUUGCUUUCUGUGGCUUUCUACCUUGGUGCCAGGUUGAACCGCAACGAAAGGAAGCGCAUGUUCAGCUUGAUGAAUGAGCUGCCAACUGUCUUUGAAGUUGUUACCGAAAGGAAGCCUGUAAAAGACAACAAACCUAAUGCCGAUAGCGGAAGCAGAUCUCGUGGCAGCACAAAGAGAUCAAUUGACGGUCAGCCUAAAAGCAACCCGAAGCUGGCGAACGAAGGCUUUGAAGAAGAAGAAGACGAACACAGUGAAACGCUAUGUGGGAGCUGUGGUGGAAAUUACAAUGCGGACGAGUUCUGGAUCGGGUGCGAUAUCUGUGAGCGAUGGUACCAUGGGAAAUGCGUAAAGAUAACACCUGCGAAAGCCGAGAGCAUCAAGCAAUACAAAUGCCCUUCCUGCAUUAAACGGGGCAGGCAGUAAUGAUGCCCCUACUAAUUCGACUAAAAGUAUUAUUUAGUGUUUAUUUUCUAUGACUGACAGAGUAUAAUAGCAUUUCUUACCGUGUAGUGGAUAUCUUUAUUUAUGUCGAUAAGAACUCCCGUUAUGAAGGAUGAACGCUUUCGUCUUCAGCAGUAGGUGAUUUGCUUCAAAUGUUGUAGCUAUUAUGUUUAUGUUUAUACUGAGAUUUGUUGGGUUUUAAUUUUAUCUAAUGCCCGUUUAUUGCUGGCA